GUUGGAAAUUUUUCUUUGAAGUCGUUGGUUCAUUUAACUUGUUAGUCUUGGCGCGAGUGGUGCCGCCGCCGCUGCCUGUCACCGUAAGCUCCGGCGCCGGUGAAUUUCGAUUCCCUCAGGCAAGUGGAUACUCUGAACCCAAAGGCUGCAACUUUUACAUCGUAUUCCGUUAUUAUAUGUUGUUAGUGUAAUUUGAUGUUCUGUUACUCUCAUCUCUUUCGUUGGAUUCCCCUCUUCCUUGUUAACGAUUCAAUCGUUGUUGUUUUAACUCUAAUCAUUAAGUGUGUUUUGAAUGUAAGUGUUUUAGAGGGUUUAGGGUUUAUUAUUUUGAUCGUUUAAGGGCUGUUUAGAAGAGAUUAUACAUAACUUAUGAAAAAUUAAGCUUCUUAGUGUGGCUUAUUAAAAUAAGCAGUUUUCAGCUUAUCCCAAUAAGUUUCAUCAUUAAAUUAAAGACACAAAUAUCAUUGUUUUUAAAAAGAGCUUAUUGAAAAGUGCUUAAAUAAACAGUUAUCCCAACAAACUCUAGUUAUUAUUUUCUUAAUACUUCUUGUUCCCUUCAUAUGUUGAUCGGUGCUAUUACUUUUAAUUCUAAAGAGGAAACUGAUUUGUUUAGAGGUACUCGUUCUCUUUCAUCUUUAGUUCUUUUCUUCAAUUUCUCAAAUCUCCGAACUUGCCCAUGGCAGCUGCAUGAUUUUGGUCUAAUCAUGUGCUCUGUUCUGUGUACUGAUAAACAGGAAUGGAAAUAAAUUUGGGGAAACUCGCAUUCGACAUUGAUUUUCAUCCAUCAGAUAAUCUCGUUGCUGCAGGACUCAUUAGUGGUGACCUUCACCUAUACCGUUAUAGCCCAGAUAGCACCCCGGUGAGGCUGUUGGAUGUUCAUGCUCACACUGAAUCUUGUAGGGCUGCACGAUUCAUUAAUGGUGGACGUGCGCUCUUAACUGGUUCUCCGGAUUGCUCGAUACUGGCUACAGAUGUAGAAACUGGGUCUACCAUUGCCCGUCUUGAUAAUGCCCAUGAGGCUGCAGUCAAUAGAUUGAUAAACUUGACUGAGUCAACAGUUGCCUCAGGAGAUGAUGAAGGUUGUAUAAAGGUAUGGGAUACCAGAGAACGUUCUUGUUGCAAUUCAUUUAAUGCCCAUGAAGAUUACAUUUCAGACAUGACUUUUGCGUCUGAUGCAAUGAAACUGUUGGCAACAAGUGGUGAUGGGACUCUGUCUGUUUGCAAUCUUCGAAGAAAUAAAGUCCAAGCUCAAUCUGAAUUUUCUGAAGAUGAGCUGCUGUCUGUUGUUUUAAUGAAGAAUGGAAGGAAAGUUGUAUGUGGAUCACAAACUGGAAUCAUUCUGUUGUAUUCAUGGGGAUGCUUCAAGGAUUGCAGUGAUCGAUUUACUGAUCUCUCUUCAAACUCUGUUGAUGCUAUGUUGAAGCUUGAUGAAGAUAGGAUCAUUACUGGAUCAGAGAAUGGCAUUAUCAACCUGAUUGGGAUAUUACCAAACAGAGUCAUCCAGCCAAUUGCAGAGCACUCGGAAUAUCCUGUUGAGCGUCUUGCAUUAUCUCAUGAUAGGAAGUUCCUUGGAAGUAUUGCCCAUGAUCAAAUGUUAAAGCUAUGGGACUUGGAUAGUAUUCUACAAGAUUCGAGAAGCACACAAAGAAACGAAGUUGGAGUGAUUGACAGUGACGAUGAUGAGAUGGAUCUAGAUGAUAAUCCUUCUAAGUCUAGUAAAGGAAACAAGAGAAAGAAUGCAAAUAAUGGGCAUGCUCUAGGUUCAAACACGAACAACUUCUUUGCAGACUUAUAGGAGAUCGUGGAUGCAACUUUGUUCAAACGGGAUUAUCCAAUUAAAACACUUGCGUGAUUUCCUAAUCAAUAUCUUCCAAUUUCAGGUUGCGCCUUCCAAGAAUUGCUACUUGUUCGGGACUUUGUCCUGGUGAUGGCAUUUUGGUGUGUUAUUUUGGUAUCGGAUAUAUAUUUAUUGUUUCAAUGUAUUAUGUGAAGUUUUGAAAUAUAGUGGCCAUUUUGUAGUCAUAUCGUAUUAUAUUUUUUUCUGUCUUGUUUAAUUGAAGUUCCAAUGUUAGAUUCGUUUGUUUUUUUGGGCAUCCAAUGUCAAGAGCCGUUGAAGUUGUCGAUAGAAACUUGGUGUUUUAUUAGAAAGAACUAGAGAAAAAAAUUACAAGAUAGAAACACUGCAUAAUUUCAAAUGAAUGUACCUGCCCCAAGGCCCUGAUUC